AUGAUCACUCGAUUGUUGUGCGCUUAUUUGAUUGGUUUGACGUUUGCGCAAUUUGGUGAGCAAUUGUCAGAUGAUGAGAGGAAAGUUGAUAAAUAUGCGGAGGGUGGUCGACCAUUUAAGAAUGGUUAUAAUGAUAUGAGUGAUGGGUUCAAGAAAGAAAGGAAGUGUAAAGGAAGAAGAUGUGGUCAGGAUGGUCCAAAGAGACCUGGCGGUGGUGGGAAGUGGCCGGGAAAGGAAAUGGGUGGGCUAGGAGGACCAGGAAGACCAAGACCAAGGGGUGAAGGCGGAGCUGAAGGACGAGCGCUGGAUGAUCCAUUUGGUGGAAUGAAUGGAUUCGCUUUCGAGGGAGAAGAAUCAUUCGGUGAUCGGCCGAUGUUCGACGAAAGAUUAGAAGAUCAACAAACUUAUGUCUUUGAUUUCCCCAUUCAGAGGAUGGGACUUGGUGGCUUCAGCAGCGCGGCUCCAAGAAGACGUGAGCGCCGACAACAAAUGAUGGGAGGAUACGGACCAGGAAUGGAGAUGGGUAUGUAUCCGAUUGGAGAGGGAGCGAGUGGGCAAGGGAUUAGAGGAAUGGGAAUGAUGGGACAAGGGCCGAUGAGUGGAUUUGGAAUGGGAUCCAUGGGGCAGAGUGUGAGAUCUGGACCGCAUAUGGGAGUUGGACAAGGUGCUGGACCAAUGGGACCUAUGGGACCUGGUGGAUACCCAGGCAUGGGACCUGGGGGCAUGGAUAUGGUGCCUCCAAUGGUCCCUGUUGGACAAGGAGCCAGACCUGGUCCUAUGUCUUCUCCUUUUGGAGAAAUUAACCCUCAAAUGAGCUUCAACAUGCCCUUCCCACCUCCAGGGCAACCACGAGCACCUAUGGAAAUCUUUUACUCACCCAGACGAAAAAUGAUAAAUCGGGAAAGAAGAGAAAGAAUGAUGAACGAUUAUUUGCAAGGACCAAUCCCUAUGCCUGAACCAAUGCCUUUCCGACAGGGACCUAUUCAAAUGAAUCCUUCAAUGCCUGAAAUGAGGCCAAAUAAUGUCCCAAUGAUGAUAAGAUUUAAUCAAAAUGAUGACCCAAAACAGCCACGAUUCAUGAAGAUGUUCGGGAAGAGAAAUGACUUUGAGAUGAAUGAUGGAGAAGUGAAAGAAAUGGGAAUGAAGCCAUGGGUGUGGAAGAUGAAGUUGUUGAAGGAGAUGAUGGAUCGGGGAGUGUUCGGAGAGAGGAAUGAUAGUCCGAGAAUACCGACACCCAAAGAGAUCAUCGGAAUGAAAUUGUCGAUGAGGGGGCCGCAAGAUCGACCGGAACCACCAAUGCCACCCAUGCCUGAAAAUUUCGUCAAUUCCGAGCAGCGGCCACUAAUGCCGCCAAUGAUGCCGGGAAGUCGGUUUGGACAGUCACCUGGCCCAAAUAUGCCAGAAAUGAGGCCAAAUAAUGCCCCAAUGGGAUUAAUGCCAUCCAGAAUGAGCGAAAAUUCGAUGAAUACCGAUCAGCGGCCGCUAAUGCCGCCAAUGAUGCCUGGAAAUCGGUUUGAGCAAUCACCUGACCCAAAUAUGCCAGAAAUGAGGCCAAAUAAUGCCCCAAUGGGAUUAAUGCCAUCCAGAAUGAGCGAAAAUUCGAUGAAUACCGAUCAGCGGUCGUUAAUGCCGCCAAUGAUGCCUGGAAAUCGGUUUGAGCAGCAGCAAAUGCCAGAAAUGAGACCAAACGAUUCAAACGAUUCACCAAUGAGACCAAUGCCAUCCAGGAUGAAUAAUCAAAUCGAUGAAAACUUGCCCACACCACCACCGCCGCGAAGAUUCGAUCGGAAAUCGUAUCGCAGCUCUCGUUUCCAAUCGGGAGCUCCGCGAUGGAAUGUGAUGAUGUUCGGGCCAAUGGAUGGGUCACAGGAUCUGCAAGAAGGAUCGAUGAUUCAGCUCGAACGCGGUGCCAUCAGUUAU